GGGGCCGGCGGCGGCCGUAGCGGCCUCGGGAAGGAAGCGAAAGCGGGCGCGGAGCCGGCGGGCGGCAGGUGGGUCGGUCGGUGAGGCGUCUCGGUGGCAGGAGCGGGGGCCUGGCCAUGGAUGCCAGCACGCUGGAGCUGGACGCGGUGAAGUUCGCGCAGCUGGCGGUGCAGCGGGACCACAGCGGGCGCUACCAGGAAGCCGUCUUCUACUACAAGGAGGCGGCACAAGCCUUGAUUUAUGCUGGGAUGGCAGGGUCAAACUUGGAAAAUAUUCAAGAAAAAAUAAAUGAGUACUUAGAGAGAGUUCAGGCCCUCCAUUCAGCAGUUCAGUCACAGAACACAGACCCUCUGAAGUCAAAACAACAGUUGGACCUGGAGCGUGCUCGCUUCCUAGUUACGCAGGCUUUUGAUGAAGAUGACAAAGGCAAUGCAGAAGAAGCUAUAGAGUUGUACACAGAAGCAGUGGAACUCUGUUUGAAAACAGCUACUGAAACUUCAGAAACUGUCCUUCAGUCAAAACUAAAACAACUAGCUCGACAAGCACUGGAUAGAGCAGAGGCACUGAAAGAAUCUAUGUCGAAGUCAUCUCAGAAGGAGAAGUCAACUGUAGUUAAACCAAAUCAGCCGGUCAGAACAUUCUUUCCAUUGGGACCUGAUUUUUCUUUAAGUGAUAAACCACAGACAAUCAGAGCAGUACAAGCUAGUGAAUCUCAAGGUCAGAGAUACACUGCAGAGGAGAUUGAAGUACUCAGAAAGACUUCAAAAAUUAAUGGUAUUGAGUACGUCCCUUUCAUGAGUGUUGAUCUGAGGGAGCGUUUUGCCUUCCCUCUGCCGUUUUCUGAUAAAUGUGGCAAGUUACCAUUAUCCCCCAAACAGAAAGCAAUGUUUUCCAAGUGGGUGCGACCAGAUGACCUAACAAAUAACCCUACCAUGAUUUAUACUGUAUCAAGUUUCAGCAUAAAGCAGACAAUAGUGUCAGAUUGUUCUUUUGUGGCAUCACUAGCUAUCAGUGCAGCAUAUGAAAGAAGAUACAACAAAAAAUUGAUUACGAGUAUAAUUUACCCUCAGAAUAAGAAAGGUGAACCAGAGUAUAAUCCAUGUGGAAAAUACAUGGUGAAACUUCAUAUCAAUGGUGUUCCUAGAAAGGUUAUCAUUGAUGACCAGUUACCUGUUGAUCAUAAUGGAGAACUACUCUGCUCUUAUUCUAACAAUAAAAAUGAGUUAUGGGUAUCAUUAAUAGAAAAGGCUUACAUGAAGGUAAUGGGAGGAUAUGAUUUUCCUGGAUCAAAUUCUAAUAUCGAUCUUCAUGCACUGACUGGCUGGAUACCUGAAAGGAUUGCAAUGCACUCUGACAAUCAAGCUUUCAAUAAAGAUAGUACUUUCAGAAUGCUUUAUCAGAGAUUUCACAAAGGAGAUGUCCUUAUUACAACAGCAACGGGAGUGAUGUCUGAAGAAGAAGGAGAAAAAUGGGGUUUAGUUCCAACCCAUGCAUAUGCAGUUUUGGAUAUAAGAGAAUAUAAGGGCCUUAGAUUCCUUCAGCUGAAAAACCCUUGGAGCCACUUACGUUGGAAGGGACGAUACAGUGAAAAUGACACAAGAAAUUGGACCCCAGAUCUACAAAAAUACUUGAACUUUGAUCCCAGAACAGCUCAGAAAAUAGACAAUGGAAUUUUCUGGAUUGCUUGGGAAGACUUGUGCCAGUAUUACGAUGUUAUUUAUUUGAGCUGGAACCCAAGUCUUUUUAAAGAAUCUACGUGUAUUCACAGUACCUGGGAUGCAAAACAAGGUCCAGUGAAGGAUGCCUACAGCCUGGCUAAUAAUCCUCAGUACAAGCUAGAGGUACAGUGUCCACAAGGUGGUGCUGCAGUUUGGAUUCUGCUUAGCAGACAUAUCACAGAUAAGGAUGACUUUGCACACAAUCGAGAAUUCAUUACAAUGGUUGUAUACAAGACUGAUGGCAAAAAAGUUUACUAUCCAGCUGAUCCUCCUCCAUAUAUUGAUGGUAUUCGGAUCAACAGUCCGCAUUAUCUGACCAAGAUAAAGCUGACCUCCCCAGGGUCCCAUACAUUUACCUUGGUGGUUUCCCAGUAUGAGAAACAAAACACUAUCCAUUACACCAUCAGGGUGUAUUCCUUGUGCAAGUUUACCUUUUCCAAGAUCCCAACACCUUACACAGUUUCUAAACGGGUUAACGGACAAUGGAAAGGUCACAGUGCUGGAGGAUGUGGAAAUUUCAGAGACAGCUACAAAAACAAUCCCAUUUAUCAGUUUCAGCUGGACAAGAGUGGGCCAUUACUAAUUGAACUACGGGGACCAAGGCAAUACAGUGUUGGUUUUGAACUGGUCACAGUCUCAACAGUAGGAGAUCCUGGUUCCUCUGGCUUUCAGAAAAAAAAUAGCGGUGACUACAGGUGUGGAUUUUGCUACUUGGAAGUGGAGAACAUACUUGCUGGAGUUUACAACAUCAUCCCCACCACCUUCCUGCCUCAACAAGAGGGUCCCUUUUUCUUAGAUUUUAACAGUACUACUCCUCUUAAGGUAUCACAGCUUCAGUGAGGAGACAGAUCUGUGCAUCACUGUUGAAAGAGGUAGUUAAGAUCUGUGCUGCAGCCUGAAAACAGAUGACUCCACAUGCGUAAAAGAAAAUUGCACUCUAAGUAAUAGCCAGCAGCAUGGAGCCACCGAUUUGUCAAUUAACUGUGGUACACAGUUACUUGUGGGUUUUGCUGUUGCAGUAUUAGAGUGAGCACUGUUCAACAGGUUUGUGAACAUGCUAAAAUGCUUAUAUUCAGAUGAACAAGUAAGACUGACUUUAUUCAAAUUUUUCACACUUCAAAUCAAAACUUGAUGAGCUAAGACAAAAAUUAAUAUUGGCAUUUUCUUCUUCUCAACUACAGGGUAUAUGGGUUUAAGAUUUUUUUUCUUAAAAGUAAACGUGCAAGAAAAAAAUACUCUUGUGUACUGCGCUUAUUCAGUUUCAGGACCAAAAAGUAGUAUAAGCUAUUUGUGCUGCUCUCUUGAGUAUUUUCAGAAUUGAAGCAGUCCUGACAUCUAAUUAGUGACUUUACCAUUCCUGACAAUGUAGUAUUUGAGACUGCCACUAACAUCUUCAGCUUAUCUAUAAUAUGUACAUAAGAGUAAAGCAAGAAGAGCCUAUAUAAGGACUGAAGUGUUCCACCUUUAGCUAUUUCUAAGAGAAAAUUAAUGGUUUCACUCAUAUAACAGCUCUGAAAGUACCUGUUAAUUUCAUGCCUGUAUUAUUUUAAUACAUAAUCAUCUUACAGCACAAGGCACUGUAUGGCUCUCUUGUCCUGCUAGCUUUAAGAAAGAACUGUGCUGAUACAUAUCAGCAUUAAAAUCAGGGAGAGUUAACCAGCAGUACAAUACACACAAGAUAUAACAUGCCAGCACACAUAGCAGGUGCGAAAGGCUUUCAUCCGAAGGUAUGCUAUGAGAUUCUGUAUCUACUGAAGUAGUCUCAUUUGAUGAUGCUAAGAGUUAGUGAACUAACCACCAGCAGUGUCCUAGCAAAGAAAUAUUUUAUCCCUGUCGUUUUUGUAAGUGCUAAUAAGCAUGUAUAGGAAAGAUCGCCUAAAACUCUUCCCCUAUAAACUACACCUGCAACUACUGUACUUGCUAAUCCAGUGACACAUGACCAUCUCUUUUAAAAGGUACCUUUUUCUUUUAUAUUACAUUACAGUUGCAUUGUUUUCUUCUAUAUGUUUUGGUUUUGAACAACCAAAUGGCUGACACGUAACUUACCCUCUCCCCCAAAAUGGCAGAUACUGUGAUCUUGAAAACAGUCCCAAGCUGUUCGUUCCUUGUCAUUCAGGUUUGUUUGGCAGUUUCCCAAGGGAAAAAAAAGUAAUUUAAAUUUAUUCUUGGAGUACAAGUGCCAUCUGGAUAUUAGGGAAGAGAGCACAGGCUACAGGACUACUAGAAAGCUAUGUGCUAAAAUUAUUCCUAUAGAAAUCUGCUACUGCCUGUGUCUCAAAAGUACAAGAUCCCUUUUGUUUUAAUCUCCUUCAUUAGGCAGCUGCUUGACAAAUGCCAAGCUUGAAAAGAACAGUGAAAAAUGUAUGUUUUUUCUUGACUGCAGGUCUCUUUUAAAGACUAUAUGGGUUAGGAAGUUCAGGACAAGUUUGUCACAAUGCAACUUACCUUCUUAUACAGGGAAGUUUCUGAUUAUUGUUGUAACAAAACAACGCAGGAACAGCAUGGGUGCAGGCUUUCGGGAGAUAGUUGCCUCAAGGACUGUUCUCUCUACCAAAUCAAAAUUUCAUUUGCUUCACAACACGCUUCCUGUAAGUGUAUGUUAAGCUUUUAGCUCAGGCUGAACCAGAGUGGCAAUACAUGUAUUUUGUCACCUACAAAGUUAAAGUUACAGAAGUAGUUAUGGCAAGUAAACCGUGUAUAUUUUAACAGUACAAAAGGCAGAUGCCAACAACUGCCAGCUUUCAGAAUGUACGUCCUCUGUGUUUGAGAUCAAACUAUUAAGAUUUGUCUGUAGUAAAAGCUGUUGUUUUAUAGUUAGUUUCUACUCUGCAUUAAGUUUUGGGGUUGGGGGAGUGUUGUGUUUUGUUUUUUUGUGUUUUUUUGUUUUUUAAGACAGACAAGCAUAACCAAGUGCCAAAGCUUAUGCUGGUAAUUUAACUUGAAGGUGAAACAAGCUUGAAACUUAGCUUCCAUACUGUACCACAACUGUACUUUUAGUACAUACUGAACUGUUUGCAGGAGAAAUGAAAAGCAAGGAAUGUACUCGCUCUCCUAAUGCUAAAGAAAGGUUGUUUCUACAAGGAUACAGUAACACUUCUUACACAGUCUAGUCACUGAAUUGGGCCUAUCUCCAUAACUGUAAAGGACUUAAGUUCAGGAUCAGUGAUGUCCUUUAUAAAGCAAGUCUUAUUCAAAUAUUGCAGCAUAGGUAAUCUGGUAGAAAACCAUUGUUGCACAUUUCCCUACAUAUAUAAGAAUGAGAAUACUCAGGCACAAAGGAAAGAAUAAAAAAUGUUGUUAUAAAUUCUCGUCUCUGCAGUUUCUGAAAAAAAUUUGAAACAAAAUUUUCUUGCCCACUCUUCUUAAAAAAAAAAAAAAAAUCGCAUACACAGGCACUUAUGCUUUGCUUUACUGGUUUCUGCCCAGAUAUCUACUGCUAUCAUUUCUUCCACAAAUACAGAAAAUAUCAGGGAGUAAACUGAUACUUAAAUUACAAAACACUUAAAUCAGUGUGUAGGCUGAGCUUCUCUUUGCCCUAUACCCUUUAGUGACUUUGUUCCAUAAGACAAGAGACUACUAUAUGUUGCAGUAAGACUUUUACAAAGGAAUAAGGCCGAGGGAGGGGGGAAGCUGCACAAUAGCACAAUAACAGAUCAGAUGAUUGUAACAAAGUCACAAAACCAUAUUUCCAGUUAGACAACUGUGUAACUCUUAAGCCUGAAGUCUUCUCUGCUUGUAACCACACAAUUCAAGCUUUUAAAAAUUAAAAUACAAAGCCACUCAAAAUAUACUAGCAAGCAUACUGCACCCUUCAGUAGUUGUUUGUUACACUGUGUACAGCUCUGACCACUGUCUAAGCUGCAGAAUGGUGGGGAUAAAUGACAAAAUGAAAGCUAGUUGUUACAGAGGAUUUAAGAAGAUUUGCAAUUUCUUUGCUUCACUAAGGGAAGACUACUACAAAUAAAUGAUUUUUUGCUUUUCUCUGCAUCACUAGUGUUGAGGGAUAACUGGAGAUAGCCUGUUCAGAAGCUUUGUCAUUCUCUAUGCACUACAAACCUUUUCUGCAUUUUCUUUUGUUUGUUUGUUUGUUAACCCUAUUUUAAAGCUCCAUGCAGGCACCAUAUGCUGCUGUUCUAUAGCUCAGGUUAAGAUUUUCCUUGCAGUUUGUUUUGUUUUAUUAGGAAGGCAUGGCGUCAGUCCUUAGUUAAUCCAAUCCAUCACUUCUCAAAAGACUUGCUGAAAGUUUGCGCGUGAAUGAAUAGUAUCAACAGCUUCUAUCCCAUCUACCCCAUGAUCCUAAGACUCGGUUUUAAUUCUCCAAUGCAAGUUUCAUGCACCUGUUUUGUACAGCAGUUCUGCACCUGACCAUACCAUAAAUCAGGUAUUUGAAUAGCUAGCUAUUUCAAAUUAAGUUCGUGUAGAUAUAGUAGCAGUGUUCAUUUUUUAGUCAAAAAAAAGACAUUUAAAAGGUGUGAUAAUACCAAAGAGUAGAAGUAGUCCUGGAUUAACAUUUACGUUGUAGUACAUUCUCACUUCAGGACAACUGAAUAUACACUUUAAUAGAUCAGAAGCUUAUUUUUAUACCUAUGAAGGUAGCUACCAUCAUGUUACACUAGAGAAUUCUAACAGAAAAGUAACUGGAAAGAGCUUACUGAUUUUCCUGUAUUCCACAGUGAUGUAAGUUCAUUUAAGUUUGUCAUAUUUAUCGUGGCUUUUAUGAGGGUUCAAAAUAAAAUGAGUUUUCCUUUAUUACACACGUAGUUCUACCUGUUUGCAUGCCCAAGUGUAAUUUACCUGCUAAGUGCUGGGUUGGCCAAGGGAGGAAGUCUGUAACAAGUUUUUUUACAUGCUCCUGCAUGAUUGGUAAGGUGCCUUGGUUUCCACACCUUUUCCUACUUUCUGAUCGAUGGUUUUACCCUCCUGGGAGCUGAACUCAGAAUUGGGGCGUUUGCAAGGCAGCGCAUACAGUUCCGGUUUUGUAUCCAGCUGAACUUAAGAUUAAUCAUUCCACAAGUGCAAGGUGCUGGGUUUCUAGGCAGAACUGGAACUGAGACACAGAACUUGGUAGAAAGAGAGGUUUUAAAAGAAGAAGGAGGAAAAAAAAAAAAAAAAAAGAUGGUGUAGGGAUGGGCUGGCAGGUCUCCAAAAGUAGGUUUUCAACCACAAAUCUCUGUUGAUUUCUCUACCUGUAUGUAGUACGGGCAAUAACUUAUCUACAAAAAUUUAAGUAAAAAUAUUAAUGC